ACGCCAUCUUCUUCCUCUCCUCAAGUCAAUUACUCAAACACAUAUUUGAUGGCAUCAUCAACCCAAGAGUCAAAUAAAUUAAAACUUGCACAACUUAACCAAAACCCAAAAACAAUUGAACCCCAAUACUUACUCCCAAAUCAUUUUCCAUGUCAAAGAUUUAAAAGUUCAUAAACUACUCCACCAUUAGCAGAAUCCUCCUGAGGCACGAGUUCUAGCAAAAGCUACCAUGGCUUCCGACGAUUCACAGAAUUUUCCAUCAACAUCAUCAUUCUGGCAUCCUGAAAACCACAAAUACGAUAUGAACAGCAAGAUCAUGCUCACAGCUAUAAUUUCCUUGUCUGUAGUUGUGAUCCUGGUUUCAAUGCUUCAUAUAUACGCCAGGUGUGUUCUCCGGCGACAAGCGCGGCGGAGGGCGGCUCUCCGGCAGCUGAGGAUCAUCGCCACGGCCCAUUACCAGUACGGUGAUCAGAUACAGCAACCCAAUAGUGGGCUUGAUCCAUCUAUUAUCGAUUCAUUGCCGAAAUUCAUAAUCAAACGAGAUAGGGAAUUAAAAGAUGUGGAAACAGGGGAAUUAACAACAGCCGGAACAGAGUGCUCUGUUUGUUUAAGCUUGUUGGAAGACGGCGAAAUUGCACGGAAAUUGCCGAAUUGUGGGCAUGUUUUUCAUUCCGAAUGUAUUGAUACUUGGCUUAAUUCGCAAUCCACAUGCCCAAUUUGUCGAACUGGAGUUGAACCCAGGCCGGGAUCAUUAGCCGUGAUACCUGAGCCGAGGGAGGGUGCGGUCGGAGUUCCAGUUAUUCCGAUUGGGCCGUCAGAAUGUGGAGCCAAUUUGGAAGGAACUUCCGGCGUCGGGGGCUCGGCUAGAAUCAACGGGUCGUCAAGCUUCCGGUUGAGUUCGUUUCGGAGUAUUCUUAGUUGGGAUAGGGAUCGAUCUUCAAAACGGAUUCAACACACUGGAAUUGGACAGGAAGAUUGUUCGGUUGAUCUUGAAAGGCAGUGAAGUUUAUUGUAGGGACUGAAUUUAACUUGGGAACUCGGAUGUCGUCGGGUUAUGGCUGAGAUCGAUAGUUUUGCAGCGUUGGUGUUGGUGCAGAAGGGUGAGGAUGAGUUAGGAUUCCAUGGUAGCUUUGUACGUGAUAUUUGGGAGUUGAUGGGUAGAUCAUGGGAGGUGAAGUUCAAGCGUGUUUCUCGAAAAGUAAAUUUUGUGUCAGAUUGUAUAGCGGAUGUUGUUACGCGAUGUUCUGGAGGUGUUCAUCGAUUGCCUCUUUCACCUUUUGAUAUUAGAUAGUGGCUGUAGAAGAAAAUUGGUAUUUAUUUAGAAAAAAAUAAAAACAG